UGAUGUUCUCAGCACAUAUCACAUCUGCUGUAGAUCAUUCAGAAGAGCAUUAUGUGCAUUUAACAACCUGCUUUUACUUUUCAACAGCAUCAACAAGGAGGAAAAAACGAUGCAACCCAUCUAAACAUAUUUUUUUUUCUCUCUUAUAUAUUUUUGUCUUGAUGGACCUGAGAAUGAGAAAUCAAAGGAUGUGGGUUUUCUGAAGUUUUGCACAAGGUGCCACUGAAGAAAAAAUAGCGCGCAGCGUAACUACUGGAGAAGCAUUGAAAGAGCGCAACAUUGUAAAGAAUUUCAGCAUAAAGAACAAUUGAAGCAUCAAAGGUGACUAAACUAUUCUUGAUUAUUAGGAUCGGAGAAUCAUUUCAUUAAAGCUGCUCAUAUUUUUGCAUUCACUUCAGAUCGUUUUGCGCACAAUUACGCAUUUUGUGCAUCUCCAUUUAGCGGAUAUACUCCAGAAUCAAGAUCUUUCUGUGUGUGGAUUUUAAAGGAAUUAAAAGCCCUUCGUGACGGCGCAUGGACGAGCACAGCCAUCUGAUGCACACCUUGGGCGCUGUGACCCUCACCGGACACUCGGUGGCAUUACCGGUCUCUCACGGUCACGAGACAGACGGAGACGCGAGAAACAAACAGGACAUCGGAGACAUUCUGCAUCAAAUCAUGACCAUCACCGACCAAAGCCUGGACGAGGCUCAAGCAAAAAAGCAUGGGCUGAACUGUCACAGAAUGAAGCCGGCUCUAUUCAGCGUGCUAUGUGAAAUCAAAGAGAAAACAGGUCUCAGUAUCCGUGGCAGCCAGGAUGAUGACCCCACUGACCCUCAGCUCAUGCGGCUGGAUAACAUGCUGCUGGCGGAAGGCGUGUCCGGACCAGAGAAAGGGGGUGGGGCAGCAGCAGUUGCCGCGGCAACAGCAGCAGUGGUUGUCGGAAUUGAUAACUCCAUUGGGCACUCGGACUACAGAGCCAAACUCACCCAGAUCAGACAGAUCUACCACACAGAACUGGAGAAAUACGAGCAGGCAUGCAACGAGUUCACCACCCAUGUGAUGAACCUGUUGAGGGAGCAGUCUCGCACACGGCCCAUCUCGCCCAAAGAGAUAGAGCGCAUGGUGAACAUCAUCCAUCGCAAGUUCAGCUCCAUCCAGAUGCAGCUCAAGCAGAGCACCUGUGAAGCCGUCAUGAUCCUCAGGUCACGCUUCCUCGAUGCCAGGAGGAAACGGCGUAACUUCAACAAGCAGGCGACAGAGAUUUUAAAUGAGUAUUUCUACUCUAACCUCAGUAACCCGUAUCCCAGCGAGGAGGCCAAAGAGGAGCUGGCCAAGAAGUGUGCCAUUACAGUAUCACAGGGGAAGGGAAACACCAUCACUGUGUCACAGGUGUCUAACUGGUUUGGUAAUAAACGAAUUCGCUAUAAGAAGAACAUCGGUAAAUUCCAGGAAGAGGCAAAUCUAUAUGCCGCUAAGACAGCUGUAACGGCCACUCAAGCUGUGGCCGCAGCCAUACAAAACAGCCAGAACAACUCACCUGCCACACCCAGCUCCGGUUUUCAGAUGAAAGAUGAAGAUUUUCAAUUAGACGCAACAGAAGACAAAAACAAUCUGUUAAACAACAUGUUCACUGGUUCCUCGGGUUCAUAUAGUUUGUCAGGUUCUGGAGAUAUGUUCAUGAGUUUGCCUAGUCUGAAUGGAAGCUCAUACCAGCCGGCCCAGAUCCCUAGUACAGGACAGACACAGGGCGACUCCAUACGUCACACCAUAAGCCAGUCAUUGGGUUACAGCGAUGGUUUACGAGGCAACCCGCUUUACAGCCCUCAUGGCUUAAAUGGUAACAGUGGCUGGCAUGACGCAGUCACUCCAUCUUCUGUGACAUCUCCUAUAGAGGGAGCAAACAGUGUUCACUCAGAUACCUCCAACUGACCAGACCUGCUGUCUGAAGUCACUUAAUUCCCAACAAAAACAUUCCAAAGGGAAACCAACAUCACCCAAUGUAAUCUGUAGCCAGAAUCCAGACAGAAGAGCACGAUACUGGAAUAUAGACUCAAAGCUGCUUCAGUUCCAUACAAAGUAAAGGAUCACAGUCACAAAAAGGAAGCAUGCAGGAUUCUUCAGUACUUCAAUGCAAAAAUAAACCAAUGUAAUAAGCCUGGAUUAGUGGUCCAAAUUUUAUAAUAAAAACUACAAGCAGUACAACAGCUUUAUGGGGAUGCCUCGAUAAACAUGUUUAGCGUGACGAAAUGAGAGAAGUUUUGGUGAUUAUCUUCGUGAACAUCUUUGAAUGUGUCUAAAAAUGCGUCCGAUGAUUUAUAUUUAAGUUUCUUUUCACCAACAAUGACAUUUUUUUUUAUUGUAUUUUUAAUUAUUAAUGUUAUAUAUCAUGAAUGUCACUGACAUCUUGGUUUUACCUAGACUAUCUAAUUAUAACAAACACAAUAUAGCAAUAUUGCCACAGAAUUCAAUCUUAUCUGGAAUCUGAAAACAGUCCAAUAUCAUCAGUAGAGCUCAACAUUAGGGUUCCGAAGUAAAAAUGCAAUAGAGAAAGUCCCAGUUAAUCACUACACUAUCCACAAUCCUGAAGCAAGAUCCACCAGAGAAGUCACUGUUAAGCUGUCUUCCCUUUAAAGUCAGAUGUGGAAUACUCCUUUGAAUAUUCUCAAAUAUGACUUGGCAAUGCAGGUGUUGGACUGUCAACAAAGUCAUCUCCAAGCCACUAAAUUGUGGAGGAUAAACAAUGCAUGAAGUGAUUAUAUCUGUUCUGCAGGUGUACAAUGAUCAACAGAGAAGAUAAUUUACCAUGUUUUACACACCUGUCUCUGCAAACGUUUGCUAAACUGGUUUUGUUAUCAUGUAGGAACUUCAACUCGAUGCAUUUUAUUUGCUAAAAAGUUACAUUUGUACGCAUUUUGUAAAUUUAUUUGGAUGCCAUUACUGUACAGUACUGUGCAAAAGUUUUAGGCACUUGUGAAAAAUGUUGCAUAGUGAGGAUGUCUUCAAAAAUAAUGAAAUAAAUAGUUUUCAUCUGUCACUUAAUCUCAUACAAAGUCCAGUAAACAUAAAAAAGCUAAAUCAAUAUUCGUUGUGACCACCUUUGCUUUUAAAACAGCACCAAUUCUCCUAGUUACACCUGGACACAGUUUUUCUUGGUUGUUGGCAGAUAGGAUGUUUCAAGCUUCUUGGAGAAUUCGACACAGUUCUUCUAUCUAUUUAGGCUGUCUCAAUUGCUUCUGUCUCUUUAUGUAAUCUCAGACUGACACGAUGUUCAGUGGGGGGCUCUGUGGGGGCUAUGACAUCUGUUGCAGGGCUCCCUGUUCUUCUAUCUAUUUCGGCUGUCUCAAUUGCUUCUGUCUCUUUAUGUAAUCUCAGACUGACACGAUGUUCAGUGGGGGGCACUGUGGGGGCUAUGACAUCUGUUGCAGGGCUCCCUGUUCUUCUAUCUAUUUCGGCUGUCUCAAUUGCUUCUGUCUCUUUAUGAAAUCUCAGACUGACACGAUGUUCAGUGGGGGGCACUGUGGGGGCUAUGACAUCUGUUGCAGGGCUCCCUGUUCUUCUAUCUAUUUAGGCUGUCUCAGUUGCUUCCGUCUCUUCAUGUAAUCUCAGACUGACUCGAUGUUCAGUGGGGGGCUUUGUGGGGGCCAUGACAUCUGUUGCAGGGCUCCCAGUUCUUCUAUUCUAAACUUUUCUAUUUGCAAAAGUAAUGUUUGGGAGUCUAACAUUUAUAUUUCCUAUUGACACACUAAAGCUGAAGAUAUAAUUAACCAUCUUAAGACAAAUGCUUUUGUGAAACAUAUUAUGUGCCUAAGACUUUUGCACAGUACUGUAUGUUUGUGUGACAUCAUGCACAUGCACAAUUGACAUUCUGUUGCACUUUUCCAAAUUGUACGUUUGAAAUUCUGACUUUUAAAGUUGAAUUGAAUGCAGCGAGAGUAUUGCACUUUUUUGCAGUCCAAUUUUCAAAAUUGUAAUGUUGUGAUACAUCUUGGAGCUGGCUGAUUUGAUUAAUGGCUUAGAACUCUAUUCAUUUUUUUAUUUUUGAAAUGCCUACAAAUAAUUAAAAAAAUUAAUGGGAAAAAACUUUUAAAACUCAGUCCGCUGGGAGGUCACUGUUGAGCUUUAUUGUGCAUUCUCCUCUGAGUCAUUUAUCAGAUUUCAUAAAACCAUCUCCUACUUAAUAUUACCAUUGAAACAGACAGAAUGCAAACAAAAACAAUCAUUUAGAGGUAAUCUGAUAAUGCCAUUUCAUUGACUGGACAUAAUCACAUGAUCACUAAGCACUAGUACAUAGUGUAUCUGUACAUAGUGAAAACAUUUUUGAAUGUUAUUAUUUUCUGUCUUUACAUACGUAGUAGCUUUUUAAAAAUGGAGAAUUUACCCUUCUCUAAGCCCCGCCUUAAAAACGCUUCUGACCAAUCCUGGCUUAGAAACUGUUGCCCUGCCGCCAUUACUCUGACACGCGUUUGCUAUUUUCCAAUGACAGUCUAUGGGAGUAAUGUGUGUUUGAGUACUUUUAAGAGGGAUUUUAUCAAAAUAUAUAUAUAAAAAAAGUCAAACACGUUGUUGCUGGGUCAUUUGUAAUAGUGACAUGAGUUACCCAGAGAGGAUACCCAUAGUGUUUUUCUUUCUUUAAAAAAAAAAAAAAUAUAUAUAUUUUUUUUUAAAGAAAGAAUAAAAUAUAUUUUAUUCUUUAUAUAUACUUAAAUAAAUCUGGAGAAGAGCGUGAUAUUGAUUAAACUGUGUCAGCUCUCAUUCCCAAACAAGGGCGUAGAUUCGGCUUGAACUUUUAUUUAAAUGUGAGUUAUGCAGAGCUUGUCACGGCGGGCAACCGUAACCAAGGGGGGCGGAGCUUAGCGAAGGGUCAAUUUGAUUAAUUCACUGAUUCUAUAAACAUUGUUUGUUUUACAUGUUUACAUUUUUUUUUUUUUUAUUAUUAUUAUUAUUCUUCAGUUUUGUUGGGUUGUUUAUAUUUUGUAAUACGAUGUUAUGAGAUGUUGUAAUUUUUAAAACAAACAAAAAAAUGUUCUAAUGUAUUAACAGAUUUUGGUUUUAUUUUUACCAUUACUGCUGUACAUUGAGGACUCAAAGCAACUCUCGAUGUAGAAUCAUUAAUUUAGGCUAGUAUUAGCUUUUGAUAAAAGAAAUACUUUGUGUUUCUGACCAAAAAAAAAAGUGUUUCAAUAAACAUUUUGAA